AUGCUUCGUACUGCUCUUACUGGUGCCAUUGCUCGUUCUCGCAUGACUGUCGCUCCCGUGGCUCGUCGUGCUCCAUUCGCUCUCAGCAACCGUUUCUACUCUACCGGUCACGAAGACGAGAGCUUUGAAUCCUUCACCGAACGCUAUGUCAAGUUCUUUGAUGGUGUUGAGGAUCUUUUCGAGUUGCAACGUGGUCUCAACAACUGCUUCGCCUAUGAUCUUGUCCCUGCUCCCUCUGUCAUCGAAUCAGCUUUGAAGGCAUCCCGCCGUGUCAACGACUAUGCCACCGCUGUCCGUAUCUUUGAAGGUGUCAAGGAAAAGGUUGAGAACGAGGGCCAGUACAAGCAGUACUUGGAUGAGUUGGCACCUAUCCGCCAGGAAUUGGGUAUCCAAACCAAGGAAGAACUCAACUUGUAG